CAUUGCCGACGGUAGUCAACACACUCGGAUUCGACAACUCGCACACCCAUUUAGCAGCACCAUGUCUAGAGGGUUUCACGAAGCACCUCUGCUCUGCUUGCUGCUGCUGAUUGCGACGCUCGCGCUGCUGCCGCCCACCAGUACCACACGUGUCAUCUACUUUAACAAGCCUGAGACCACCACUGUGGUGGAUCGAAGCAUGCUCUUGGACAUACAAAGCCGUGGGUGUCGGCCCGGCUUUAUGCGUGAUCAUCAUAAUCGCUGUCGUCGGAUCGUUUAGACUUUGACCGCUGGCUGUAACUUGAGUAGGUGAUUUCAUGGUUCGGUUAUCGUUAUAAUUUAAUUUCGUGAUAAAUAAAUAUUUAUUGAACAUCAA